AUGAUAAAUUCAAAAAUGAAUCCAAUCGCCUUACAGGAAUCGCAGGAAAAAGACGAAAGUGAAUUGUUUGAUACGAAGGUCAUACAUGGAUAUGCGCAGAAGUCUGCGCUUUCUAAUGAGAAAGCAAUACUUCCUCAUCAGGAAGAAACCGAACAAAAGACUCUUGAUGAUGAACCUGAAAUGAAAGAGGGAUGUUUAACACAGGAGCUAUCUGAUGUAACUGAAAUCGAGGAAGAUAUCGCUUCUUCUUCCCUAUCCUUUUCAUACACUCUAUAUAAGCGAAUUAUGCGUGAUCCACGUGUUCGAAUGCUAACCGCAGUAAAUUUUAUGGUAAUUCUGUUAUGCCUUUGCUUAUUUAUAACUAUAACAGUCUUUUUGAUUAAGACACUUAUUAUCAACAAUAAGAUAGCGAAAAUAUCAGAAAAUGAAUUGCCAUGUAUGUAUCAGUGGAGUGAAUGGAGUGCAUGCUCAGAAACAUGCAUGAGCACUUCAGAAAUGCCUUCUCGAUCACGUCAUGUAUAUAAAAAAAGUAUUAUACGUUCCCGCGGUAAAUUUCCGCCUUGUCCUGAAAAUUUGGCAACAAUGGUUGAAAGAAUGCCUUGCAACAUUUAUCGAUGUCCGAUAAAUCUCAGUUCAAUCACUGGAUGGACUCAGUGCUUCUAUAAGAAUCCAAGUAAGGGUGCAGCAGAUGGAUGCUACAGAAUACGUGAUAUCCCCACUGUUAACCAGCUUAUUUAUAUCGAUACCACAAAUGUUACAGAAGAUUGCAAAUGUCCUUCCAUCGUUUUUUAA